CGCCAUAUCAUAUUUGACAUUUGUACUUUAUAAGUUACGUUUGUAUUUUGUGAUCAACUUUUAUCAAUAUUCUACCUCGAAAAAAUGUUUAUAUUAUCAAAAUAUGUCUGCAAUCAAAUCAAAUUAAAUUCUAUAAUAAUUCCACUACGAAGACGCUUCUCAAAAGGUUCUAAACUAUUAUUUUUAAACGAUGAACGUCCACUUACAUUCCAACAACAUAUACAUCUUGAAGAUGGACCACCAGAUGAAUUAGUUUACGGUCGACCUGGAGUACGAACAGUAUGUUUAUAUACACCAGAGAACAAGAAUGCCUUAUCAAUUGAUUUGAUGAAUCGCUUAAUUUUUAGUAUAAAAUUAGACGAUGAUGAUCCGAAUUUACGAUGUAUCGUUAUGUGGGCAAAAGGAAAUGUAUUCUCUGCAGGACAUGAUUUAAAAGAGUUAACAAAAGCUGCUGGUCCGGAAAAACAUAAACAAGUGUUUGAAACGGCGGAGAAAUUAAUGAAAGCAAUUGUUGAAUGUCCUGUACCUGUUAUUGCAAAAGUUGAUGGCCAUGCAGCUGCUGCUGGUUGUCAAUUAGUCGCACAAUGUGAUUUAGUUAUAGCAUCUACUCGUAGUAAAUUUAGUACACCUGGUGCAAAUUGUGGUAUAUUUUGUUCAACGCCUGGUAUUGCUUUAGCACGAAGUAUCUCUAGAAAACAUGCGUUACAUAUGCUAUUUACUGGAACACCAAUCACCGCCGAAGAAGCUUACCGAAUUGGUUUAGUAAAUAAAGUUGUACCUCAUACAAAACUAGACGAUGAAUUAGAUAAAAUUGUUUCAACAAUUACAUCAAAAAGUCGUGAUGUAAUCACUUUAGGUAAAAAAUUCUUUUACGAGCAAAUCGAUAAACCUUUAUUGGAAGCAUACGAGCUUGGAUCACGUAAAAUGUGUGAGAAUUUGGCACAUCCAGACGCUACAGAAGGUGUAGAUAGUUUUAUACAUAAACGAAAACCAAAAUGGCAAAAUGAAUUACAAAAAACACCACCAACGGAUGAAAGUGAUCCAAAACCUUCUUCAUCAGAUGGUGCUGGUAAAACUACCUCAAUUAUUGGUAAUUUAGGUAAUUCGUUAAAAAAAUUAAAAAAAUAGGAAUUUAAAUGUUUUUGUAAUUUGUAAAUCUCUUUUGUU